AAGGAUUACAGAGUGUAGCUUACAAGAUAUCUAUGAAUUCAUGUCGUCAAAAAGCUGAAGUGAUUGAAGCAGGUGAAUGAAGCAGUAGUGAGACUGCGUGAAGCAGUGAAUGAAGCAGCAGGGCUUGUAGGCUGGGCUAGCAGAGCUGUAAACAAGACGAGUGUGGCGGAAGAUUCAUAUCAAAGUUGUUUCCUGACUCUCCCUCGGAAAACAUUAAUUUUCCCGGAAACCCUUAUUAGCUUACCUCUGAGACACCAGCCAUGGACGCCACGGGCAGAGGAGAGCGUUGAGUGCCGACCACAAGUCACUGUCACCUCUGCAAUUAUAUGGGCGCGGCAGCCAUGUUCAAUCAAAAGUACCAACCUAGUACCUCGAAUCUUGCAUAAAGAUUAAAUUAAGCCGAAACUGAGACUCGUAGGAGACCUCUGCAAUCAGGGUCAUUAAUGGGUCAAGAUGGCAGAAGGAAUGCUAUCAUUAUCCUGGAACAAUCACAGUGCCACCUUCUGCCAGACCUUGGCUUCACUCAGAGCUAAGGAGAGGUACACAGAUGUGACGGUGACAUGCGAAGGCAAGUUUUACCCAGUGCAUAAACUUGUGUUGUCAACCUGUAGUGAAUACUUUGAAAAUAUGUUUGAACACACACCUUGCAAGCAUCCUGUCAUUGUGCUGAGAGAUGUCCAGUGUGAUGAACUAGAGGCCUUGCUGAGCUACAUGUAUGCUGGUGUUGUAAGUGUUGCACAAACUGACUUACCUAGACUUAUAAAAGUGGCUGAACUCCUGAAAAUUAAAGGUCUUGCUGUUCCUGAUGAACCACCCAGGAGUAGUAGUGGGUCAGCAAUUAGCCAAAAAAGUGGCACUGGUAGAAGUAGUCCACACGUUCCAAGAAGACAUUCACAGUGUUCUACUAAUGUAAGACACAGUCCAUAUCCUAAAAGUAGAUCCGCCCAUAGUUCUAGUGAUAAAGUUAGUCCACAUCCGAAACGUCAAUGUAGUGAAGAAGAAAACACAGUGUUGCAAGACAGGCUUGGUGUUCCUUUACUUAGUCCAUCCAGAUCAAAGGAGUCCUCACACAGCACAGAGACUGAUUGGCAGGCAAAGCCCUGUAGAUCCUCGAUGGAAGAGCAACAGUUGGGUACUCAAAGAGAUGGAGAAUUGGGCAGAAAAACAGAAACAAGUUUGCAGGGACCUCCAUCAUCACAGGGUUCAGCAUGUGAAAUAUUAAUAAAAGAGGAAGUGAUGGAGGAUUUAAUGGAUAGUGAGGCAAAUUCAUCUGAGACUGGACUAGACUAUGCUUCAUUGAUUAGUAAUUCAGAAUUGCCAACUGCAGCUAGAGGUGACCAAGGAUUAUCCCCUGCAUCUAGAAGUGAUCAUUUAGAUUCUACCAGUUUAAUGAAGAUUGAGCAAUCUAAUGCAGGCCAGCAACCUGGAAGUCGGACUGGCCUAAGACAGGACACCUAUACGGAAGCAUUAAAUGCAACUUUACCAGGACCUUCAGACCUUCAAGGAUGGUUUGGCGGCGAGGCUAUGACUAGCAUAUCUAUGGCUAAAGGUGGUAUUGAUGAUGAAACUCAGAUGUUCACUCAGGACAUGCUGCAACAACCACACGAGAGGGUGGAGUCAAAGAGGGUCCAUCAGAACACAGAUGGAAGAGGAACUGCUAGCAAGACUCACCAGUGUUCUUAUUGUGAAUACUCCACCUCGAAGAAAUUUCAUUUGACAAAGCACAUACGCAUUCAUACUGGAGAAAAGCCAUAUUCAUGUCCAUACUGUGAUUUUAGAUUUUCUCAGAAAGAAAGUCUGAAACCCCAUAUAAGGACUCACACUGGGGAAAAGCCUUAUGCUUGCACAGAAUGUUCUUAUCGUGCAACCCAAAAAAGUACAUUAGUUAGUCAUGUUUUAAGUAUUCAUAGGAAAGGCAUUUAAUAUUUACAUAUACAGUACUAUUUAUAGUUAGAAUAAGUAAGGCAUUAGUCUGUUUAGGUCAGAUUAUAAAUUUUAAGUAAUGUAUAAAAUUUGUACAGAUUUUUUUCUGUAUACUGUUGAUGUCAUAGUUUCAGAAGCUGUUGUUAUUAUUCCAAAAAUUGUGUGUAUAUUAAUCUGCUAUUUAAUGUUUGAUACCUUGUUCCAUCUAGGAAUUUUCAUUAAGUUAAGGAUAAAUACAAAAGCCUCAAAAUCACCCUUCUUAAUAUGUAUGAUUUAUUUCUGUCAUGCUGCCUUUAAACCUUUCCUUUAUCCUCUAUUGUACUUUUCAUCUUAUAGAACAUUGUUUAACUUCAUGUGACACUUGACUUAUGCUGUCCUUGUGUCCUUCUCAUACCUGCUGUCCUUCUUUUUAAAAUGGAAACCAAAUUAUAUAUUCAUACCUAUUUAACCACUGCACUGCAUAGAGCACCUUGUGGCACUGGAUGGAGGGGUGCACAGAGUGCCAUGUGGCAUUUGUAAGGCAUAGGGAGCGAUUCAAAGCUCCCGCAGGUACACGAGGCUCACAUCCUGUACCUGAGGACUCCUGUAAACAGAUGCCAUCUUGGAAAAAUAUUGUUAGCAUCCACACUGGCUGUGAGAGCCUUAGUUCUGAGAGAGCGACCAAGGCUGGUGCAUGCAGGAGCCGCGCACAGCACCGCUGUGCAGCUCCGGGCCACAGCACCGCUGUGCAGCUCCAGGUCACAGCACCACUUAGUAAUGAUGAAUAAAAUAGGUAACUGAAAUUAUUUUACAUUGAUAGUGUUACAGAUAAUCCUGUGAUAAAGACUAUGCAAAAUGUUCGGAUAUCAGUUAACACAAUGUUAGUUAUGAUAUUCACAACAUGAGGUAGAGAAAGACAGCACCCAGCCAUUGUUUCCUGCAUCUAUGCAUCAUGAAACGACCAUAUGUUCCAUCAGCAAUAUUCAUUUUGUUAUGGAAAUGGAUUCAUGUUCAGGAUUUAGUGACAGGAAUGUGAUAAUAACAGCAGUUUUGUAACUAGUCAUAGCGAGACGAGUAGAAUAUUGGAGGCCUUGCGUCAUGUGACUGUUGGAGUCUUCUGCUUGUGUCUCCAUGCUGUGUUUUGAUUUCAUCACCAUACCCACCAGAACUGCUUAUUAGUAUGUUAUGGUGCAUAUAAAUGUUGAUAAUGAUGUAUAACAUGCAUAUAUAGUAUAAUAACAACAGGUACACUGUUUGAUUGAUCUUUAUUUUAUUUUAUAUAAUUAUACAUACAAGAGUUCUUACAUUUUUAUACAGCCACUAGUACGCGUAGCGUUUCGGACAAGUCCUUAAUCCUAUGUUCCCUGGAAUACGACCCCACGAAAAAUCAUUUAAAUCUAAGAAUAUGUGUCACCAUGUAUGAGCUCCAUAUUUUUGAGAAUAGCAAAGUUCCACUUAUUGUGCUAUAUACAUUCCAUAUAUUACACUAUUGAAUAAUAUGAUUGCAAAAAACUAGAUAUUAACCAUUCACAGACACUGAAAUAAUUAUGUAAAAAUAUAUUUAGGGCAGCCCCAGCCACACUCAGCUCUUGGCCCCUAGGCUGAUCUUGGAUUCUUCUUUUGUGUAUAUAAACUCUCAACACACAAUCUUUGUGGUUUAUUAUCGUGCACAAACAUGUAGAUGUGUAUAUACAAUGUGUAUAUAGUGUAAUAACAGCAAAAACACUGUCGAUUGAUCGUAGAAUAUAACAUACAUGUCACAUAUAUGAGCCUAAUAAUUUUGAGUAUAGCAAUGUUUCACACAUUGAAGAAUAUAAAUUCCACAAAUUACACACAUUUGAAUAAUAUUACAGUAAAAAAACAGAGAAGAAAUUAAUGAGAAACAUUAAAAUUAUUGUGAAAAUUAAUAUUCGCGGCAACUGGUGCCCCACUGGGUGGCGGGGUCGAGUAACUCUGAGCGCUUCAUCACUCAGUGCCCAUAAUUUGCUGAACUUCUAAGCUCCAUCACGGCUAAAGUAUGGCACAGCCAAUAUUCUAUUUUAGUUUCCCUGAGAUCAGAGACUAUAAAAGAAUUUUUUUUUUUAAUUAUUUUCGGUGCACCACGGGGAUGCCAUAUUUUAAUGCAGCGCAGCACGGUGGUUAAGAAUAGGAAACUUCUAAUACCAUGAUUCUUUGCACAACAUGUCCUCGAAAAUUAUAAAUUCGGCUAUAUGCACCAAUCCUCUUUACUUCCAAAGUUUAAUUAAGCACAGUGAGCUGCAUCUGAUAAGCAUUGGCACAAUGAGAGUCGACAGCAGGUGUGAUUGUUUUUAUGACAACACAUGACGUGUUAUGACAUCAGGAUUCUUAUUUUUCUCCAUCUCCAAUGUUUCCCCCUUCACCUUUCCUCCCCCAUGCCUUUAUGGUUGUAUCACAUGCAUUUAAACACGAUGUUUAAUUUUAAUUCUUGUGACUUCAAACACUAAAACAUUUAUUUUACUCACUUUGGUAUUACCUACCUGCCUACCUGUUGAAGAUUCCUGGGAUUAUUGUCCCCGCAGCCUGGUCCUCGACCUGGCCUCCUGGUUGCUGAUCUGAUCCACCAGGCUGUUUGAUGUUGUUGCUCACAGCCUGACAUAUGAGUCACAGCCUGGUUGAUCAGGUAUCCUUUGGAGGGGCUUGGUGAGUUCUCAUCUGAACACUGUGAGAGGUCAGCCAGUUUUGUCCCGUAUGUGUAGAAAAGAAUGUUGAAACAUCUUGGGCCUCUGAUAUUGAUAAAUUUCUCUCUCAUCAUGCUUAUUGCACCUCUGUUCUUCGAUGGGGCUAUUCAGCACAUCCUGCCAUGCUUUCUGGUCUCAUGUGGUGUUAUUUGUGUGCAUAUUUGAAACCAGUCAUAAUAUUUUCCAAGUUUAAAUUAUAUGUAUUUCUCCCACCUGUGCUCUAGGGAGUACAGAUUUAAAAUUUUUAGGUAGUCCCAUUGAUUUAAAUAUUUUAUUGAGUGGAUUCUAGUGGUAAAGGAUCUUUGCAUGCUCUCCAGGUCAGCAGUUUCUCUAUCUUUGAAUGGGGUAAACAAGCACCCACUGGUCUGAACAAGCAACCAAUGCUCUGAACAAGCACCCACUGCUCUGAACAAGCACCCACUGCUCUGAACAAGCACCCACUGGUCUGAACAAGCACUCACUGGUCUUAAAAGUACACAAGGAGAAAUAGAUGAAGGGAAGUACACAAGGGGGAAAUAGAUGAAGGGAAGUGCACAAGGGGAAAUAGAUGAAGGGAAGUACACAAGGAAAAAUAGAUGAAGGGAAGUACACAAGGGGGAAAUAGAUGCUGUUAUUGUGCAAUAAUAUUCCACUCUUAGAAAGCACUAACAUCUUAAAAGUAUCAUCAUUGGUAUGGCAUCUCUUGUUUGGAAGAUUGUUGUUAUCCAACCUGUCAUUUUUCUUGCAGAUGUGACAGCAACUUCGUUGCGUUCUUUAAAAGGUCUCCGACAUAAUUACUGUACUUCUAAAUUUUUUAUUUUGCUUUUCUUUCAGUAGUGUGGUUUGACUGUGUUUUAUAUGUGGUUUCUGGUUUAAUGUAUUUGCUUUUCCAUAGCACAGUAAUUGGAACUUAUCCUCAUUAAACAUCAUGUUAUUUUCUGUGGCCCAUUGAAAGAUUUGAUUAACAUCAGAUUGGAGGUUUGCUGUGUCCUCUAUGUUGUCUACUACUAUAUAAAAAUAUAACCAUAUAUUAUUGUGCCAUGAUUCUACUCAAGCAUCCUCUAUCUUUAAGAAAAAAUAGAGAAACCCCCCUUGAAGUUGAGAAAGCUUAUGAAAACAAUAGGGGAGAAGUAUGAACUCCUGAUUAAGCUUGAGGCUCGAGAGAAUGCUACCACACUAGGUCGCCGCUAUAACGUGAACGAAUCUAGUAUAUGCUCGAUUAAAAUGAAUGCAGAUAAAAUCAAACCAGCAGUGACUUUUUCAAGUUCACUAAAUAUAAAAAUAACAUCAAGGGUGAGACAUACUAUUGAAAAAUUUGAGAAAUUGCUAACAGUAUCUUGAGGUUAUCUUGAG